AGGCCUUCUUUUCCAAGGCACCGGUAUCGACACCUGCGUGGUCCUGGACAAACAGCAAACGGUGAAAGAAUCACAGGCAUGGCGUUCUCCUCCUUUAUGCUCUUCCUAACUCUGUCUUUCUUCUCCCAAGCAGUUUUGCUUUCAGCAUCAAAAUCCAUGAGAACCGUUGAGGACGACGUGCUCCUGAAUUCCUUUGGGCUGAGCAAAGCCCUUCAGAAGGAAGAUGUGGCUGAGAAAUCAGGAGCUGUGCCUUCCCUUGAACAUUAUAAAUCCGAGGAAGGUGGCUUUAUCAACGAGGAGGAGAGCAGAAAUCCAAAGAACAUAGGCUCCAAGCAUAGCUUCUUAAACCGUGGUCUGCCGUUGAACCUAGCUCUUAAACAGCUCCCUUAUCUUGCACUGAAGGGAUCAGUGGCUUUUCCAGCUGACAAUGGAGUUCAGAAUAUUGAAUCAACACAGGAAAGGAGAGAGAUUGGGGAUGAAGAAAACUCAGUUAAAUUUCCAAUAGGAAGGAGAGAUUUUGACAUGCUCAGGUGCAUGCUGGGAAGAGUCUAUCGACCUUGUUGGCAAAUCUGAUACCUGCAGGCCUACGUCACCUUUUCCCAGGAAAACAAAGCUAUUUAGGUGCCAGUGAAACAAAACAUGGGGUCAAUGAUUGUAUUUUGGAACAAAUGACUGAAAUUUUUCCUGGGUAAAAUGAAUGUAACCAUUUGGCUGUAUAAU